AUGUCUUCAGGAAUUCAGGCGCGCUCCAAAAAGCUGGUGAAAAGAGGGACUACAUCAAUGCGGAAGCACCGUUUCGAGUCGUUCAACCAGCGCAUCUCAAAGCUCAGCAUCGAUCCCAUAAGGAGGAGCCGCCGCAACGAAGUGGAAGCCGACGAUCUCACAGAUUUGGCCUCCUUCUUCAAGGCUUCACUGGACCGAUGGAAAGACCUCAACCUCUCCGAAAGUUUCACAUCGUUUGUUCGAGAAGUUGAACCGAUCUGUAACAGCUUGGCUCAGAUCCUCCACUACCACCAACGUGUGUUCGAUAUCCUAGUAGAUUACAUUGGGAAGAGAGAUCCACUCUCGCUGGAGCCGCUGCUGGAUCUUUUGAGCAACUUCGCACAUGAUCUAGGCGUACGGUUCGAAGGGCACUUCUUGAAAGCCGUGACACUGGUGGCUUCUCUGGCCGCAAAGCAUGCAGAUGUUGAGGCUAUUGAAUGGAGCUUCACAUGCCUGGCAUGGCUGUUCAAGUACCUCUCACGGUUACUGGUACCCAAUUUGAGACCUCUGUUCGAUAUAAUGGCGCCAUUGCUGGGAAGAGAACCACAAAAAAUUCAUACGACAAGAUUUGCUGCUGAGGCUAUGUCCUUCUUGAUCAGGAAAGCUGCGAUCGUGUAUGCCAAGGAUGCCAAACCUUUGACCAUCGUUGUGAACGCCAUUCGUGACGAUGUUUUACAAGCGUCUAAGUCGGGAUUCAAAAAAAGCAAUGUCCAGUUGUAUCAGCAUGGUCUGAUGACGCUACUGGUCACCUCGAUCAAAGGCAUUGAGCGAAAGCUACAUUCUGGCGGAGCGCACAUCUACCGUUGCAUGCUUGACCGCCAAUUCGCAGAUGACAAUGACCCGAGCACGGGCUUUAAAGAGAUUGUGUAUGGGGUCACGGUAGCUUUGAUACACCAAACCGACUCGGUCAACUUUCAACCGAUAUUGGACAUCGUGCUUGAAAAUCUUCAGAGACUUAAACCCGAUUCCAGCAAGAGCAGCGUUACUGUUUGUGGACGCCUACUCUUCGUAGUCUCUACGGUGCGGAAAGGGUCCAGAAUCCAAGAUUGGAUGCCAGUGUUGAAUGCUAUGUUAGCCUUGCUCGAACUCUGUGAGCCGUCAGACGAGGAACCUCUUGCGGAGACCUACAAAGCGUCUGCUGUGAUCCUUCAAUAUUCCCCACUAGAAUUGGUCCUGCCCAAGGUUCGUCAGGCAAUGAAGAUCGUUGCAGAUGAUCGUUUUGCACGAAACUUCUUGCCUUUCUGCAACUACUUCUUUGAUCUGGGUCACGAUCGCUUCCAAGACUUCCUUAGACCCCACUUCUCUAGAUUCAUUGCUUCCAACUGGAAAGACCACGAACUCGAGCUAUGUUUAACAGUGCCCAAGAUCGGACAGGCUAACAACUGCAACAAAUUUCCCUGCCCUGCACCAUGGCAGGAACAUAUUGUCAAGACGUUCGAAGACGCAGUCGAUAAGGAAGAUCCGGCCGUCCGAUGUUCCAGCUAUCUUCAAUUACUCGACUUCAUGAUGGUUAGCCCUGGUACUAGGGACAAGGUUAUGGAAAGCGUAAGCGACAUGGUCCAUCAGAAUUUGCAGUUGUCCUCAAGUGGUAGCCUUCGGAAGGUGUUCAGCCUUGGCCAAGGGCUGAAAGCAUACGUACAAUACACUUCCGACCUUGGGUCUCGUCUUGCCAAGAGCUGGCCCUUGAUGUGCAGCCAGGCCGUUAACCACGGAACUCUUGCGCCAUUCCUUGAAGCCAUCUUGCUUCUUGUCAAGGCCAACGGUUUGCAGAACUGCAAUAAUGACUCGUUGACUCAGGUGCUGAUAGAGAAUCUUCACUCGUCCUCUCACACAUUACGCAAUAUCUCACUACAGAUAUUGGACGCGCUGUACGCGGAAAAACAUGGUGAAAAGGCAGAUAUCCUUACCACAGCAUUGACGAUCGAAAACAGUCCGCUAGAUCUACAAUCAGCUCGUUCUAUAUCGAUGCAUGCUCGCAGGCUAUCAGCACAGUAUGAAGCCGCGUCGUCAGAUGAAUGGCUGCAGAAAGCCAUCCCCCAUUUCUGUUUCGGCAUGCUCACAUUCAAACUCUCCCAAGCCUGGGAUGAUGCGAUCGUUGCACUAAAACAGAUAUGUGAAACGAAGACAGGGGAAGAUGCCGUUUCUGCACUAGCUUUCGAGUGGCUGCAAGAGCGUGCCCUGGAACAUGGGAGUACUAAUGUGUCAACUCUCCCACCAAUGGAACAAGGCUCCUUGACUGACUUUCAGUGCUCAAAUCUCAUGCAAGUGGAGCAACUCAUAGAUCGUGCAACGAUUGAGAUUGCGACGGCUGCUGAGAAGUCAAGACGCCAAUUUCUUGCUACUCAUAUUUUGUCACCGCAACAUGCUCCCAACGCACCCAGUCUAGCUCUUCGUGUGUUAUUAGCAAUCCCCCAUGUCGCAGAGAAGCGAUCAAGGCAGCUCGUACCCCUUUUUCUGUCAUGGGCCGCCGAGGAGCUGGAUCAAGAUCCUGAGAGCCCUGUGGAAGACACAGAAGCUUCAACGAUUGCGAGGGGAAAUCCAACUUCUUCAAGACUUAAGCGGAAAGACCAGAAAGCGAUGCUGGAUCUCUUUGGCUGUUUCCAUAACCCCAAAGUUCUCUAUCGAUCUUCCAAUGUGUUUCUGGCACUGCAAAGCCUGCUGACCAAUGGGGACGCUGAGGUCCAGAAAUCUGCCCUCAAGGCUCUGCUCACAUGGAAGACUCAGGGCAUACAACUCUAUCAAGAGAACCUGCUAAAUCUGCUAGAUGAUGCCAGAUUCCGGGACGAGAUAUCUACAUUUGUGCACGUGGAUGCUCAGAACAGCGUCAUACAAGAGGACCAUCUUCCCGAGCUGAUGCCAGUGAUGUUGAGGCUGCUUUAUGGUAGAAUGAUUGCAGGAUCUGGCGCGAGCAGUGGUAGUAGAGGACAAUCUGGGAGAAGGAAGACUGUCCUCGAGGCUCUCUCCCGGCUAGAUGAGAUAUAUCUCCAGGACUUCAUUAGCAUUGCUCUUGACCGUUUACGCGACGUUAGAUCUGUGGAAGGCACCCAAUUGAACGAAGAGCUGUUUGGCACAGAAAUCAUAAGCAUUCGAAAACAAUUAGGGUUGGUCAAUAUGAUAAAGGACAUGCUCGAGAUUAUCGGCGAUCGUCUCGCGCCCUUCGCCAAAAGCCUAACUCAAGCCUUGUUGUAUUGCUUAGUCUGGGCCUCCCGACGGCUCGGACUUGAGAAGGGCGCAACGGACCAAGUUUCCGAGGGUGUUUCGCAGAUCUCAUUGUCAAAGGCUGUCCGACAAAUUGGCGUGCAAUGCCUAACUCUACUAUUCCGAUGCUGUCCGGCUGAGACGCUCCGGCCCUAUCUAUCCACAAUUUUCUCGGAGCUACUGAGCCCAAGACUAGAUGCAUUGCCCAUUGAAACAGCUCAAUCGGUUUCUGGUACACUACAGCUCUUCUCGACUUGGGCUUCGUCCAAAAAUACCGUAUUAUUUUUAGUAGACUAUGAUGCAAGAGCAAUGAAGUCGGUCAUUGACUGUCUGGAUGUUCCUUCAGCAAAAGACCAGGUCAAGCUGUUUGUCAUUGAAGAAAUUCUUGGGAAGAUCGUCGCGCUCGCUAGGCCAUCGAUCACUGAAGACCUGGAGAUGGACAAUUCCUCUGGCUCCAGUAGUGAGCUCAUAGCACAAGACGUCUUACGUCCGAACGCGCACAAUAUGCUUGAUCGAAUGGGAAGCCUACUACGCAAAAGCCCCAGUAAAGAUCUUUUGGUUGCCGCAAUCCAGCUUGUUUCUGCGCUUGCGCCUCUGGUCGAGGGUUCCUCUCAAGUGGACAACCUACUGGAGAUCUGCACAUUCCUGCUCGAUCAACCCUCACAUCGAGUCAACCCUAGGUCCAAAGGCGAGCUUCUCCAGAUAGUUCAGCAUUUUAUCCCCUUGAUUGGCUCCGCCCUCUCCUCAGAUCUGCAAUAUUGGAUCUUCUGCACGAUUUCUUCUCUAUUCGGAUAUUUCAAGGAUAGGGCAAAUCGUUUGAUCCUCUCGAAAGUUUUGUCCGUCCUGGCAGAGCAAGGUGGCGAGCUGCAAGAUAUUGCACGACUGUGCACUAGUCUAAACUCCUUCUCCCCAAGGAAGAUCGACGAGCCUGACUUUGAUGAACGCCUGAAGGCUUUCAAUGCCAUCAAUGAGAUAAGGUACCGCGACUUCACUCCAAAGCAGUGGCGUCCGAUCCUGUUCAAUAUGCUUUUCUACGUCAAGGACAAUGAAGAACUGGCAAUACGAUCCAAUGCGUCCUUUGCACUCCGUCGGUUCGUGGAGAUGAACGUCGUUUCUUCAGACGCUGCAGAGACUGAGUCCUCAGAUUUGACCAGAACGGUACUCUUGCCGGCUCUCCGCAAUGGCGUCUCAGAACCAUCUGAAUUAGUUCGCACUGAGUACCUCAGCAUUACAGCUCAUCUCAUUCGUCACAAUCCGGAAUGGCAGGAGGUCAGUGACAUGUCCGCUCUACUUGUGAACCAUGACGAGGACGCUUCGUUCUUUGGCAACAUCCUCCACAUCCAGCAACAUAGGCGUCUCCGGGCCUUGCGCCGCUUAGCCACAGAAGCACGCCAAGGAGGUCUUCGGAGUGUCAACGUAGCUCACUUCUUCAUACCCCUGAUUGAGCAUUUCGUCUUCGACAAGGGCGAGGACGAAGGCGCCAACAAUCUCAGCGCGGAGACGGUCGUGACGAUUGGUGCACUAGCUUCGUCGCUUGAGUGGCCCCAAUUUAGGGCUAUGUUUCGAAGAUUUAGUGGCUACAUCAAAAGCAAGCCAGAUAUAGAGAAAACGGUAAUCAAGCUACUGGGCGUAGUCAUUGAUGCCCUUAGCCUGGCAGCGGCGGACAAGGAGAGAGCGUUGACCACUUUCGGUGAACCGGAUACUGACAAUCCGGAACCACCAGCAUCUGUCCACAACGGCAGCACGCUUGCUGUUACGAUGCCGAGGCAGGAGAACCUCGCUGGUGAGCUGACAGACAAUCUACUGCCGUCACUCGAGAAGUAUCUUCAUGACAAGGACGAGUCUACGGUCAGCCUUCGUGUCCCUGUCGCAGUCUCAGUCGUCAAAUUACUGAAGCUCUUACCUCAUGGUGGGCUGAAAUACCGAUUGCCGCCUGUUCUUACGGAUGUUUGUCACAUCCUCCGCAGCCGAGCACAAGAGUCGAGAGACUUAACUCGUAAAACCUUGGUGGAGAUAUCGAUUCUGAUAGGUCCUCAAUACCUUGGCUUCGUCAUGAAAGAGUUGCGGAGUGCUCUCGCAAGAGGGUACCAAUUGCAUGUUUUGUCUUUUACGGUGCAUUCAAUAUUGGUGGCCACAUCUUCGAUAUUCAAGAUAGGCGAUUUGGACUAUUGUCUCCCACAGAUUAUCUCAGUAGUCAUGGACGACAUUUUCGGGGCUACGGGGCUGGAAAAGGAUGCAGAAGAAUACAUAAGCAAGAUGAAAGAGGUAAAAAGCAGCAAAAGCUACGAUUCACUGGAGCUUGUGGCAAAGAAUACGACGGUGGAGAACUUUGUGCAUCUCAUCCGCCCAUUGCAGACCCUGCUAGGGGAAAAGCUGGAUCUGCGGAUGGUGAAGAAAAUCGAUGAGCUGCUGAGACGCAUCGGAGUUGGCCUUCUUCGCAAUGAAGCCAUCCAAGAUCGCCGGGUACUCGUCUUCUGUCACGAAAUCAUAGCAGAAGUAUACAAGACAGGACAAACCCCGAGCGGCAGGCAAUCGAAAGAGGAUCACAGUACCAAACGCUUCUUGAUCAAUUAUAAAGGAGCAAACAAGGCUGGCUCCCGCGGUAGUACUUCGUCGUACAACUACAAGCUUGCUAAGUUCUCCCUUGAUGUGCUUCGAAUGGUGCUACAUAAGCAUGAUGCUCUUCAGACGCCGUCAAAUCUAGCAGGCUUCAUUCCUAUCAUCGGCGAUGGCAUUGUCCAAUCCAACGAAGAGGUCCAAAUCUCCACCCUUCGUUUGCUCACUACGAUCAUCAAGGUGCCUCUGAAGGCUAUAGACGACAGUGCAGCCAUAUAUGUUGCCGAGUGCGUGAGACUAGUCAAAAUCUCGACAUCGACAAACGUAGAGCUAGCACAAGCAGCAUUGAAGCUCGUAUCCGCUAUCCUGCGGGAGCGAAGAACGAUCGAAAUCAGAGAGACAGAUCUAGCCUACCUUCUCAAACGCCUCAUUCCGGACCUGGAAGAGCCUGAUAAGCAGGGAGUAGCUUUCAACUUCCUGAAGGCCACUAUGACUCGCAAAAUCGUGAUCACGGAGGUCUAUGAAGUACUCGACGCUGUCGCUGUCAUCAUGGUCACCAAUCAAACCCGAGGCGCGCGUGAUAUGGCCCGAGGCGCAUACUUCCAAUUCGUCAUGGAAUAUCCCCAAAGCAAGGAUCGCUUUUCCAAGCAGCUCAGCUUCCUCGUCCGAAACCUUGACUACAAACACCAGGAAGGUCGUCAGUCAGUCAUGGAAGCCGUUCACCUCCUGUUCACCAAAUUAGGAGAAGACUUGGUGCAAGAAGUCGUUGGAACUUUCUUCGUCCCCUUAGUCAUGGUAACAGUCAACGACGAGUCCAGCGAGUGCCGAGAAAUGGCUGGAGUCCUACUGAAGAAGACUUUCGAGCGAGCGGACAGCGAGCGCACCCAAUCGUUCCUCAGCUUACUUCGUUCCUGGCUGGGUCAGUUCGACGAGACUCUUCUGAACAGGGUCGCGCUCCAGGUGUAUUGCUUGUAUCUUGAUACGAAUGGUGCAAAAGGCGAGAAGGAGAUCCCGCCCCUCCAGGCUCGACUGACGCAGAUCCUCAAAAGCAAUCUCAAAGCUCCUUCCGAGGCCGACUGGGAGCUGUUAUACUUCGCUUUGCAGGCAUUUGCCAAGAUAUGCCAAUUGUUCUCAGCCUCAACCCUCGCUGCAAGCACGGCUCCUCUAUGGGCGAGUGUGCGUCAAUGUCUUUUCUUCCCCCACGCUUGGGUCAAGCUGUCGGCUGCCAAACUGUUGGGUGCAUAUUUUGCGGACUUCGCCAGGAAUAACGUCGGCAAUGAAGCUCUUUCAUUACCACUUGAGGGCUCAGGUGGUCUGUGGCUCAGCGAACAGGAGAUCAUAGGAGUCACGCGAGCUUCCCUAGGCUUGCUAAGAGUGCCCGGCGUGAGCGGAGAGCUCGCUAACCAAAGUGUACGAAAUCUAGUCUUCCUCGGCAAGAUCAUGGCACAGACAUCUAUGCUCUGGCCACAGAAAGAUCAACAGCUUGAAGCAGAAACCAUCGAAGAUGAAGGAUCCGAAGACGAAAAUGGCCUAGAAGAAGAAGACUUAUCUACAUCUACGACCAUACUAGCACUUGGCUACCUCAUCCAACGCGCCUCCUCCCUCCUCCGCCGUGGUCCCCUCACAACCCGCUCCCCUUCUUUAAUCCCUCUCCACGCCUGCCUCACCCUCCUCGGCGCACUCACCAACAACGUACCCCUCCCAACCCUAAAGCCCCAUAUCCCAGCCAUCCUCCUCCCUCUCCACAACCUCACGGAUCCCGCUAUUCCUACCCCUUUUUCCUCCGACACGGCCUUCACGGGCGGCUACAAAACGCUCGUCAGCAACAGCCAAGAACUGAUGGCGUUGCUGCAGAAGAAGCUGGGAACGACCGGGUAUGUGACAAUAUUGCAAAGAGUGAGAGAGGGGGUCAAGGAGAGGAGAGAGGGGAGAAGGGUGAAGAGGAGGAUUGGGGCGGUGGCGGAGCCGGAGAGGGAGGGCGAGAGGAAGAGGAGGAAAGGGGUAAGGAAGAAGGAGAGGAGGAAGGAGAGGGGUGGGGAGGAGAGGGGGAGGAGGAGGGGUUGGUGA